AUGACCUAAUUGUAGAAGAUGGACAGUAGAUUAGUUUCAGAGUUCGAGAAUGACAUAAAGGGAUCUCAGAGUGCUAUAAGAAAUGCUCAAUGCCACCAAAUCUUUCAAGGAAGGGGCAAGAAGUACAUGAAGAUCAAGUAAGACACCAAACAAUAGCUCUAUUGUAUGGUGUAGAAGCAGGGGAUGAAAAUAAAGGAUGCUGCUCUAAAAUUAGGUAUUAAAUACGCAACAGCGAAGACCAUAAUAUUUCACCAGAGAUAGAAGAGGAAGGCGAAAAGGAAAUGCGGUGAGAGAAUGUGUGGAUACACUAGAAAAUAUGGACAAAGAAGUUCAAGAUUGGAAAUCAUAAGCAUAAUUGGAAGCGAAGUGGUGCACAAAUAAGAUUACAAUCUGUGA